UUCAGUUCCGAGGAGGUACCCAAGACGCAGGCUGUCACGAGGAGGUUAGUUAUCCGUACAGUCAAAGAAUACCAUUUUUCAUCAUGUUUAAACACGUGGAAUUACCCAAAUCAGUUACUUAAUUGUCAUAACGAAGCUGGCAACUGUUUAGCAGUGAAAUUCGAGAAUGAAAUCUUCAGUUUAAACCGUAUAAAAAUUGUCGAGUUAUUUGUGCCAAUUCGUGUAUCGUGAAUCCAUCGCCGAACAAAGAGCAGAACCACCAUAAUUUCUAAAACUCUGACACAACGUUGUUGAUGUCCCGGAAUUACUCGGCAGUGAAUAAUAAUUCUCGAAAAAAUUUGAGUAAUUUUAUUGCCAAGCAAUUUCAUAAUCAUUUUUCAAUGUUAAAUGUUGAAAAAGUACGCUAUAUUAUAACCUCACUUUUCUAGGAAACUACAACCGCAUAUAAAAAUACUAUAAAAAUUUUUACAGUAACUUAUCCUUCGCUCACCUGUAAUAGGAAAAACAGCAUUACAUUUGAAUAAAUGAUCCCAGUAACUCCACUGUUAACAGCUGUCACUGUCACAAAAACAUUCAGACGAAAUAUUCACGUCAUUUUGUUUCAUUGCAAAAAGGUUUAUCAUAUGACGACAAUACCAUUGAAACAUUUAUUGAUAAAAAAUCUUAACAAGGAAGCAUCAGGUGUGGAAGCCCUAUUUUCGACAUACGUCGAUUUAAUAGAAUCUAAUGCGAGUGAAAGUACGCACAGAGAAUUUGAAAAAUCCAUUAUGGAGCCGUACCUAAACACAUGUUAUGGAUCAUCAAGCGAUCAUCGAUCAUAUGACGCAAGCACUGUCACCUUUAAAGAUGCUCUGAAAAAUCACGAAAGUACUUCGUCAACACCUACAAACCCAGAUCUUAAUACGAUGCCUACAAAUGAUAUCUGUAGAGUGCAACAAAAUUACAAAGCAAUGCGAACAUGGAGAAAGGUCGGCAGAGGACGAAACUUACCAAACUCUGAGAAAAAUUGUGUCAUUAGACUAUUUUCUUACAAUAUUUUGGCUCAGUAUCUUUUAGAAAUGCACAGUUACUUAUAUAAGCAUCAUAAUCAGCGCACUCUCGAAUGGGAAACUCGUAAGAAAUUACUGAUACAAGAAAUAUUGGAAGCUCAGGCUACUGUAAUAUGUCUUCAAGAAAUGCAAGAGGACCAUCUGAAUGAAUUUCUAAAACCCUUUAAAGAACAUAAGUAUAAUCAUUUAUACAAGAAGCGCACAAACGAUAAAAAGGACGGACUGCUUCUGAUGUAUCGAUCCGACGUAUUUGAUCUCGUUGAGUAUGAAAAUGUAGAAUUUUUCCAGUCAGACGUAGAAAUUCUCAACCGAGACAACGUUGCUAUAAUUGUCAAGCUGUCAUUGAAGGACAGUCCAGAAACACAGAUAGUUAUUGCCACCACACAUUUACUUUAUAACCCAAAACGAGACGACAUCAGACUCUGUCAGACUCAGAUUUUAAUAGCUGAACUGGAGAGAAUUGCUUUUAUUAAAAAUACGUCAGGCCCGACAUAUCAUCCUAUAAUUCUGGCUGGAGAUUUUAAUUUGCAACCAAAAUCAGGAGUGUAUAAAUUUAUAACUGAAGGUUCGUUUCUAUACAUGGGAAAAAGUCGAACUCUAGGGCCAGCGGAUCACCGCAGUUUGAGCAAUUCACUUAUUCCGCCACAUUUAUAUGUGACCGACAGUUGUCAACAUUUCUGCAUACUGUUAAAAAGACUGCGCAAUCGCGGUGAAGGCAAAGUCAUGUUGGAAAACAGUGAGAAAGGGUUAUCUAAAACUAGUUGGAACUCUUGCGAUAAGAAUCAGUUUCGAAAGGAUGAAGUGAAUGUCCGAAAUAAAAACUUCCAAAAAAUACAAAUAUUAGAUGGUCAUCAUGUGAAUUUUGGAUCUGGUUCUUUAACCCACCCAUUUAAAUUUCGAAGCGUUUACUCGCACAUUGAUCGUAAUGGGCAAAACGAAGCUACAACUCACCAAGACGGCUGGGUUACAGUGGAUUAUAUAUUCUUUAGUGAAGUCGAGCUCAUUGAACGAUAUACACUACCUACGCAAAAACAGUGUAAAGCUGUGUCAACUAUACCAAAUCGUGAGAUUGGCAGUGAUCACUUUAGUACAGGAGCAACUUUUAUACUGCGAAAGAAACUGAGGCAGUAAUCGUUCAGUCUCUGCCUCCACUUGCGUAAUAUAAAAAUAAAAAUUAAAUAAAGAAAAAUAUUUUCAAUA